AUGGCGAGGUCCCAGCGUGGCGGCAGCAGUGGCGGGCGCAGCAGGGCCUAUUGGAUGUGCAGGUGCGGUUGUUGGAAUUGGGACUGGCGCCCCACGUGCCUCAGCUGUGGGUAUGCCGCACCGCCCUGGGCGACAGAGGCACCCCGCGGCAAGGCGAAACCCGAGGCUGGCAAGGACGGCUGGGUGGACCAGCUUCGGGGGCGUCGAGCCCAGCGGCAGGCCCGAAGCGCAGCGUCGCGCACGGCAUCCACCAAGUCGCAGACUUCGGCCUCAGCAGCGAGUGGGGCGCCCAGCAACGGAAGCGCCACGGCGAUCGAGAGGCUGCGGGCAACGGUCGAGCGGCUCGAGGCGCUGCAGGCUGGACCGCCAGACGGCGUCGACAGCUGCUUCACGGACGUCGUGGCCAACCAGCUGGAGGCGAAGAGGGCAGAGUUGGCCAUCGCCCAGAAGGAGGCAGCGGAGCAGAAGGCCUCCGCGAUGCCGCGGUCGGCUCUGCUGCACAAGGAGGCGAACGCCAUCAGCAAGGAAGAGAAGCGGCUCCGCUCAGCCCGCCAGGCCCUCGAGCAAAAGCAGGCGGCGCGGGACCUCGCGGAGGUCCAGCUGCAGAAGGCCCAGGACGAGCUGGCGGCGCUCGACGGCGAGGUGGGGGAGGCCAGCAGGGCGCUCCAGCUGGACAAGCUGCCAGAAGCCUGGGGCUCCAGCAACUUCGAGGUGGCCUGGGCGGCCGUACGUGCCCAGGUGGAGGCGGCGCGGGCGCAGCUCGCGGUGCCCCCGCCAGCACCCGAGCGAGCGCCCUGGGCCGAGGCCUGCCCCAUGGACGAGAUCAGCAGCGACGAUGGAGAGCUCGCAGGCGGCGACGUGCCUCGGCCGCCUCAGGCCGCAGCGGAGCGUGGCCAAGCCGAGCGGCGCGGCAGCGCGUGCGGGGAGUGGCCGCAGGCUGCCAUGCCGGUCUUCAUUCCCCAUGCGGACGGAGGAGUCCGACCAAUCGUGAAUGGCCCUCUGCCCAUGCGCAUCUGGGGCAGCCCGCGACAGCCCGUCGACGCGCUGUGGGAGGCGGAGCACGAUCACCGCUUCUUCAGGGGCAAUAUGGACCGCAAGUUCGACAAGGCAGGUCGGCGGCGCAGCGCCCGUGCAGCCGUUGCCGCCUUUGGGCGUGUGAGGGGGUUUGCCACCGCCAGCCUCGGCCUGGGCAUCACCAGUUUCUACGAGCAUCAGCGGCGCGCCUUCCUGUGGCGGUGCGGAGUCGAGCAUGGCUUCGACCUGUGGGUACUUCGAGGUAUGCGCGUGCUCUACCAGGAGUGCUUAAGGACCGAGUGCGAGCCCCUGGAGCCGUGCGCCGUGCGCGCGGGCUGCGCCCGCAGUCGGCACCCUGGAGGGCCACAGGGCACGCCGCCGCCUAGCGCGACGUGGCGAAAUCUCAGCCCGCAGCGGACGGCCAAGGGUAGCGAGGGCUUCGCAGUAUGUAUGCUCGCCACCUUCGCAGGGCCAGCGGUGGAGGAGGUCCGCGUCGACUGCAGCCCCAUCGCGACCUGCCUGCGCAGAGGACGUGCAUACGCCACGGCGCCCAACAGGGCCGCUGCCCAUCUGUGGGGCAAGAUCCUGGCGUGCCUCGAGCCAAGAACCUUCGAGGUGAAGAAGGUGCCAGCCCACUGUGCGAGGCAGGCAGUACCCGAUGGGCUCCUGACGGAAGCCCAGCGGCGCGGCAUCGAGCAUGCGGAUCGCCCUACCAAGAUGGGGGCCCACGUGCAUGCAGUGGACGGGCAGUCGGCUGGCGAGCACCACGCGCUGGCUGAGUUCGUGCUGGAGCUCGGGCGCUGGAUCUGGCGGGCAGCCAUCAUCUGGCAUAACAUCGAGGCCAAGGAUUGCGAAGGGCUCCCUCCUACGGCUGAGCGGCGCCAGUUUCGCUUCGCCGCUGCCGAGGCAUCGCAGGCGGCAGAGGAGGCGGCUAGCACCGCGCCGAGGGCCAAGCGGCCGCGCCUGGAGAGGGCCUGUUCGGCUGGCAGCAGCUCAGCAGCCCUCUCGGCCAGCGCUGUGGCCUUCAGCAUCAUGGGGCACGCCGUCUCCUACGCCUGCACUGGAGAAGGUGGCAGAACCUAUGAGCUCGUGGCGUGCGCCAAGUACGGCGCCUACAUGACGUUGUGA